UGGGAAGCGUGACAAGUUGGAAAAGUUUCGAAUUACUGAUAACCAAAGGUGACUGGGCAAUUUGUGAUCAAUUUAGGAUAGAGCCAAUCUUCAACACUGGAUAGCGAACGUUCAGCAUCACACAAGAGAAGAAUUAAGAGAAGGAGACGAGUCUGUCGUUGUUGCUCGAUAGUGUACGCAGUUUGUCAUAGUGUUUUUAAUACAAUAAAAAAAUGGAUGCAGUACCUGUUGCCGCCACUUCGUCCUACUUUGCGACGAGCCUCUUUUACCCCCUUGUCUUCAUCGUCGCUGGUCUUUGGGCACUCCACUGGUAUAUCGAGAACUUGAGGAUUGUGCGGAUGGGAAACAAGUUGCCUGGACCAAAGACAGUUCCUUUCUUUGGAAAUGCUCUGCUCGCUUGGGGAGUUGCGCCGGAAGAUGUGUUGGGUGAGGUGAUGAAAUACAUCCACUAUGGUAGAGUUAUCAGAGCUUUCCUGGGUACGAAACUCGUUGUCUUUCUGAUUGACCCCAGAGACGUUGAGAUCAUCCUCGGGAGUCACGUGCAUCUCGACAAAUCCGAAGAGUACAGAUUCUUUAAGCCAUGGCUUGGCGAGGGUCUUCUCAUCAGCACCGGAGAGAAAUGGAGGACACACAGGAAGAUAAUCGCCCCCACGUUCCACCUCAACGUCCUCAAAACUUUUGUCCCGCUGUUCUACGAGAACAGUCUAGAUUUGGUCAACAGACUGAAGUUGGAGGUUGGGAAGAAAUUUGAUAUUCAUGAUUACUUGUCUGCGGUGACUGUUGAUAUUCUCCUGGACACUGCCAUGGGUGUGCGAGGCGGAAAGAGAGAAAAGACUGGAUUCGAUUAUGCCAUGGCUGUAAUGAAGUUGUGUAAUAUUGUUCAUCAGAGGCAGUACAACUUCAUGCUUCGUAUGGACCCAGUUUUCAAGUGGUCAAAGUUCGCGACGAAGCAGGAAAAACUCCUGAGCAUUAUCCAUGGACUGACCAGAGGUAUUAUGGACAAGAGGAAGAUGGAUUACGAGGAAAAGGGAGAGGAGGCUUAUCCCGAGGAGCUCAGGCACGGCAAGACUGUUGAUGCGACAAUAAAGGAAGAGAUUAAGUCAUCUAAGAUGAGAUAUGUGAGGGAUGAUCUGGAUGAGAUUGAUGAAAAUGAUGUCGGUGAGAAGAGACGCUUGGCCUUCUUGGACCUCAUGCUAGAACUCUCGAGGAAUGGAGCCAACAUGACUGAAGAUGAGGUUCGAGAGGAGGUUGACACCAUCAUGUUCGAGGGUCACGACACCACAGCUGCUGGCUCCAGUUUCACCCUCUGUGUCUUGGGGAUUCAUCAGGACAUUCAGGAGCGUGUUAUGGAAGAGCUGGACAGUAUAUUCAAGGGAUCAGAUCGUCCCUGCACCUUUCAAGAUACACUCGAGAUGAAGUACCUGGAGCGUGUGAUUAUGGAAUCAUUGAGAAUGUUUCCACCCGUGCCAGCAAUCGCCAGGCACCUCAACGAGGACGUCAAGCUUGCGUCCGGUGAUUAUGUGUUACCACGUGGUACCACGGUGAUUAUUGCACAGUAUCAGAUACAUCGUCUUGAGGAGUACUAUCCGAAUCCUGAGGUCUUCGAUCCUGACAGGUUUUUGCCGGAAAAUACACAGACCAGGCAUUACUAUGCUUAUGUUCCCUUCAGCGCUGGACCAAGAUCUUGCGUCGGCCGCAAAUACGCAAUGUUGAAGUUGAAAGUACUCCUCUCCACAAUACUAAGAAACUACAAGAUUCUCUCCGAUCUGACCGAAGCGGAUUUCCGGCUGCAAUUGGACAUAAUCCUUAAACGCGCAGAUGGCUUCCCAAUCUGGAUCGAGCCGCGAACAAAAACCACGACUGUUAUGUAAAUGUCCAUGAUUGAAAAUAAUAAAUUCUUAAUAUUAGUUUACGGAA